AAAACCAAAUAUUUUAGAAUUGCUGCUUUUCAUCCAUUUUCUUCUUCUCCCUUUUGUGUGUCUCCAGCUUCUUGUUUCUAUCCCGCUCCUUGUUUUUGUAACCUAGAUCUCAUUUCUCGGCUUGUCAAGGAUUGCAAUGGAUGGUCUCACUCCGAUCAAGGCAACAUCGGUCUCAAGUUUCAUAGGCUAUUUUGAAGAUGAACAGGUUGAGAACACAUCAUCAUCAACAGUACCCCCUCCUGUAUUGGUCUCACCGCUUCUAAGCAUUGUUCCAUUCGAUGCUUCCAACAAGGGUUCUUAUGAUGCAGAUGCUGGUCCUAGUACUGGUCCAAUCAAACCAAAACCAUAUAAUGAAACCUACAGCACAAGAGCCGGCCCUCUUACUGGUCCAGUCAAAUCAGAACCAUAUGAUGAAACCUGCAUCAUGAAUGCCGGCGGUCCUCUUCCUCAAGUGAUUGCACCAUUGCGAAGCGUUAGACCAAUUUUUGACAUCAACAACUACUCCUACUGUGAGGGUGCUGGUCCAAGUUCUACUCCAAAGAAAAGAGGACGAUGUGAUGAUGAUGAAACGCACCUUCCUCCUCCCCUAGAUGUCACACCACUGCGAAGCGUUAGACCAUUUUAUGACUUCAACAACCACUCCUACUAUGCGGGUGCUGGUCCAAGUUCUGCUCCAACAAAACGAGGAAGAUGUGAUCAUGAAGAAACGCACCUUCCUCCUCCUCUAGAUGUCACACCACUGCAAAUCAUUAGACCAUCUGAUGGCUCCAACAACUACUCAUUUGUUUCGGGUGCUGGUCCAAGUACUGUUCCAGAAAAACGAAGACUUGGCCGACCAAAGGGUUCCAAAAACAAGACCUCGGGGGAAAAGGAGCAAAAAGUAGAAGUACCAAACGUCAAAAAGGUUCCAACUAAACCCAGCAACUAUGAUUCAAGGAUAACCGAAGCAGAGAUAGUAAACGGGAACCGGGACAUUGUUGAGUCGGUUAUGAUGCGGUUUGAUGCGGUUAGACGGAGAUUUUGCCAACUAAACCUUCAGAAAUACAUCCUUACAACCGCUGAGGCUAAUUGCAGGACUAUGGGGGUCCAGACUAAUAAGAAAAGGAGGCGUGGUACAGUUCCUGGAGUAGAAAUAGGCGACAUAUUCUAUUUCUGGGGGGAGAUGUGCUUAGUCGGGCUUCAUAGACAAGCGGUCGCUGGCAUUGAUUACCUGACGGUUGAGGAUGGGGAAGUACUACCUCUUGCGUCGAGUGUGGUGUCAUCAGGACAGUACGAUGAUGAUAUCAAUCAGCCUGACAUGUUGAUCUAUUCCGGACAUGGUGGAUCCAAGAACGAUGUACCUCAAGAUCAAGUUAUGGAAAGAGGAAACCUUGCAUUGCAAAGAAGUUAUAUAAGAAAUACUGACGUUAAAGUCAUCCUAGGCAGAAGCGAUCCCUACCUUGUGGAUAAGAAGAUAUACAUAUACGAUGGACUUUACAAUGUUACUAAUAUCCAUACUUCGAUAGGGAAAUCUGGUUGCAUCGAAUUCAAGUUUAAAUUGGUGAGGAAGGCGGACCAACCUCGUACUGGUUAUGCGAUGUGGAAAGAAGCUGAAAGUUUGAGGACGCUGAACAUGAGUGCCUCCAGGAAGGGUUUUAUACAUGAAGAUUAUUCUUUUGGAAAUGAGCUUUUACCAGUCCCGGUGGUCAACGAAGUGGACGAAGACGACAAAACCAACCCUGACGACUUUGAAUACAUAACAUCUCAGCAUUACACAGAUGCUAUUCCCAUCGAUAGCCAAGCACUUGGAUGCCAGAACUGUCAAGAGGAGUCAUGCACUCAUCUAAGCUGCAUGUGCAUGCAUAAAAACGGAGGCCAGGUACCGUAUCACAAGUCCGUUUUGGUUUGUCGUAAACCAAUGAUUUACGAGUGUGGUGAAGAUUGUGUUUGCCCCAACGACUGCAAAAACCGAUUGGUUCAAAACGGUUUGAAGCUCCACAUGGAAGUGUUCAAGACAAUAAACCGUGGUUGGGGCUUACGUUCUUGGGAUCCAAUCCGAGCCGGAACCUUCAUCUGCGAGUUUGCUGGUGUGAGGAAGACAAAAGAAGCAGUGAAAGAUGAGGAUCACGACUACUUAUUCGACUCAUCUCGGGUUUACCAAAAGUUUAGGUGGAACUACGAACCGGAGCUUGUGUGUGAGAGUAUUUGGGAAAGCGUCCCUGAAGUAUUCAAUCUGCCGACGCAAGUUUUGAUAAGCGCCAAGGAAAAAGGGAACGUUGCUCGGUUCAUGAACCACAGCUGCUUGCCUAAUGUUUUCUGGCAGCCUAUUGAGUAUGAUGGAUACGUUCGCAUAGGGCUGUUUGCUAUGAAGCAUAUCCUUCCAUUGACAGAGUUAACUUAUGACUAUGGAGUUUCUUCUGUGGAGAAGGUUGGAGAAGAUGAGAUACUUUACAGAGGCAACAAAAUUUGUCUUUGCGGUGCAGUCAAGUGUCGUGGCUCCUUCGGCUGAUAUGUACCUUUUUAUCGUUUGUUUCUUUUGGGAUUUCCUUGUUUUUUUUUUGUUCGUAAUUUAAUUUUCUUUGUAUUCAAAAAAU